AUGAACAAGAAGCAACCGGAGCGAGACAAGGAAGCAGCGUCGGAGACCUCGCGUCUUGCCAGUAUGGCGCCGCAGUCUGCAUUCAUGGCUCGACAGGCAGAGAGAGCCCACAUCACGGGGCUCUCGCCCAUUGAGGAGAUGCGGUUGGCGCAGAAUGAACUCCGAGCCAAAGCAGCCGCUCGGUUGCCGCCCAUCGCAGAGCCGUCACGUCGAAAGGCAUUGCAACAACAAAUCACUCAGACCGGUUUGUUGAAACUCGUGACGAUGCGGGAUAUGGUCCGGAAAGUCAAGAACCGGGCCAAAGUGGCGGUGGUGAAACCCGCGGAUGGCAAGAUGGGCGAGUUCCAGGACCAAAGACUGGAACGGGACAUGGACGAUCUCACUCCAGCUGAGGCCCUGGACUUUGUCGAAACUGUCUCCAAGAACGAACUCAUCAUCAACAAGAAGAAGCAGAAAUUCGACGAAUCGGUUGUUCCCAAGUAUAUCAUUUCGCCUCACGGCAAGUUCCGGGUGCGAUGGGAUCUGCUCUCGGUCUCACUUAUCUUCUAUAAUUCGUUCAGUAUCCCUUUCCAAUUGUCGUUUGGAGCCUCAGCGCCGCAGUCUCUGGUAGGUUUGGACUACAUCCAGCGAGUCAUCGACGUCUUCUUCAUCACAGACAUUCUCAUAAAUUUCAUCUCAGCGUACGAGGAGCGAGGUCAAAUCGAAGCAAAACUCACGGCGAUAGCUAAGAAAUACUUCAAGUCGUGGUUCUUGCUGGACUUCGUCUCGGCCUUCCCGCUCUACUAUUUUCAAGGCUCGUACUUCCGCAUCCCCCAACUCGCUCGAAUGUUCCGACUUUUCCGUCUCUUUCGUCUCGUUCGAAUGCUCACCAUCACGCGCAUUCUCAAUCGCCUCGACUAUGCUCUUCUAUUACGUUCUACAGUCAGCAGUAUCUUUAAAUUCUGCAUGCUCGUAUGCUUCACGUCACACUGGCUCAGCUGCUUCUUCUUCCUCAUUAGUUACGACAAAGAUGACGGCUGGGUGGCUUCGAUGGGGCUUCAAGACAAAAGUCUGUACGAAAAAUACGUAACUUCAUUCUACUGGGCUAUCAUGACAAUGACGACAGUGGGGUAUGGAGACGUGCAUCCGACCACUACUCACGAGCGGAUAUUCGCUAUCGUCGCCAUGAUACUGGGCGCUUGGAUAUUCGCCUAUGGCAUCACCAAUGUCGUAGCUAUGGUGACUAACCUAAACGGACCGGACAGUCGAUUUCAACUCCGCAUGGACGCACUUAACGACUACAUGGAGGCUCGCGAGUUGCCAAUGCAGUUACGAUACGAAAUCCGAGAGUUCUUCUUCAACGCUCGAAUAUCAGCCGAGUCCAAGCUGGUUAACGAAGCCAAAAUCUUGGCCGAGUUGUCCGCGUUACUGCGCUCCAAGAUCGCGUUUGCUAUCAACGAUAGUGUUCUUAACAAGAUGCCCUUCUUUGCCGGAGCCGACCACAAUUUCUUGAUGGAACUCGCUCUGAGUAUGCGCAUGGUGUGCUUCCCACCCUUGGAGGAGGUCAUUCUGGAAGGAGAAAUAGGAGAAGAAAUGUUUUUUAUUUUCCGUGGCGUCGUCGAGAUCGUCAAGUCUGGCGUUCAGUUAGGACUGCUCGGUCAGAAACAGUACUUUGGUGAGAUGGCUAUCUUGAACCAGAACUGUCUGCGUACAGCAACGGUACGCACGCUUUGCUUCUGCGAGCUGCGGAUGCUCACACGAGAGAAGUUCCUCAUCGCACUCACGCAUUACCCAGCUAUGAAGCAGCGUAUUGCUCGUAUCGUGGACAAACGUAGCAAAACGACGCCUAAGAAAUUAAGCCCCAAGUCAACGGAGACUUCGCUUACCGUUCUUGAGACAAUGGCAGCGUCAGCAGCUAUUGACGAUAACACAGCUCAGCAGCUAGUGACACCCACGCCAGAGACCACAUUGAACCGCAUCUCGCAGCUGAACACCGAUUUCUCCGGAUCUUUCCGCAACCAGACUGCUGAGAGCGAACUCGAGAAGAUCCAAGCCAAAAUCAGCGGCAUGAUCCAGCAGCAAGACCGACUUGCUCGACUCGUUCAAGAUCUUGAAAAACAGCUAGGAGACGUCACCAGAGAGUUAUGA